AUGCAAACAUUGACUGUAGAUUCUCACGGAAUCCCUAACCACGGGUUCCAUAUAUUCGUGCAUCACGUUAAUGAUAUAAUGACUUCUGAAUACGAACAAGACAAUAAUUUCUUGGAUUAUAUUUAUUUGGAAGCUAACGAAGAUAUAAGAUUGCAAUUGAAAUAUCAAGAGUUCCAUUUGGUGCACACGCAUGAGAAUCCUUGCGUUGAACUCAAUUGCUUAGAACAAUGUUUGCAUUAUCAAAUUGCCAACAGAACCAAUUGCACUUUACCUUGGUUGUGGUUGUUGCCAAGUGAUUGGUUGCCUCAAUGCAACACUUCUGAGCAACUAUCAAUGAUGACUUCGUUUUUUCUCAAUCACAAUCGAAGACUUUUGGUUGCCAAUUGUUCUUGUCCAAAAUCAUGUCGAGUGAUACUUUACACGCCAACCAUUGUAAGAAGAAAAGAUUUACAUCAAGUGGAUAAUGAUGAGCCUUAUAGUUUUAUUGCUAUGUAUUAUCCUAAUAAUUUGGUUACUCAAAUGAGAGAGAAUCUUGCUUAUAAUAUUAACGCUUUUGUAUCUGACAUUGGAGGCUCAUUAGGAUUUUUAUUGGGCUUAAGUGUAAUUGGUCUGAUUCAAGUCCUAGAAAAAAUUGUUUGCAAACUGAUAAAGACUUGCUACAGAAAAAAGAAGCCUGAAGAUGAACACAGUGAUGUCAUAAGUAACUCAACCGGCAAUACUGAUGAUACGUCAAGAAUAUAUUCUGCAACCAAGCCUCAUAAUUUGUAUGGAAAUUUGAGAGAUUUUGAAAGUGACGAUUUCAAGUACUACCAAAGGACAUUGGUGGCAUCAGAAAACAGAUUCUAACAAAAAUAUUUAUUGAAUUAUAAACAUUUACUUAUAUUUAUUUAAAUGUCGCUUUUUCAAAUCGGGUAUCGUUUGACUGGG